CAUUAUUUCAUAAAACUACAUUAUUAGUUUUCAAUAAUAAUCUAGGUAUCAAGCUGAUUAUGAAAACCAUAUAUUUUAUUGUGAUUUCUAAAAUUAUAUUAGCACCCACCAAUAGUCAGGCUCAAUACGAUUCUGGAUUUUCAAACGGUCGUUAUUUUUUAUGUUUACCUCCAACAGUACCAUGUCCUAAUAUUGAUCCUAGAAUAGUAUCACCAACAGGAACAGUAGUAGUGUCAGUGUGUAAAACAGGAUUUCUGCCAUGUUAUGGUAUGGAUCCAAAAUGCGGAACUCGAUAUGUAACGCCAGCUACAACUACAGCAUCAGGUCCUACAGUUUUUGGAGAGUAUCCGUGGCAAGCUUAUUUAUCAAAUGGUACGACUACUCUUUCGUUUGCUGGAAGUGGUGUACUGGUGAGUGCGUACUAUGUAAUAACAGCUGCGCACAAAGUAAAUUUUUAUCCUAGUGUGAAUCCACCAACACUUAAGGUAUACAUGGGUGUUUGGAACCCAUCCAAUCUGACAAAUGUGCAAAGCAGUGCUGUGUCGAACAUAAAAUUGCACGAGAGUUUCAGUUCUUCAUUAUUAAGAAACGAUAUUGCUGUUUUACGCUUAACUCAACCUAUCGUAUUUGGAAUAUUUACCAACGUUAACACUAUAUGUCUUCCAGCAAAGGGUACAUCUUUUACUAUGGCAAAUGGUUGCAGUGUAAGUGGUUGGGGACAAAUUAAUUUUGAAACUACCACGGGUGUUCCCACUGUACCUCAAAAGAAAGCUUACGUUAACAUAGUUAGUUAUGCAACUUGUAGAGCUUCGUUUCUGAAUGUACUGGGCCCUUCGACUGAUUCGUACUUGGAUCAAAAUGGAGAAAUAUGUGCGGGUGGUGUAAACAUGAUCGAUGCUUGUACACAAGAUGGUGGUUCUCCUUUAGUCUGUCCUACAUCCUCCGGUGCACUUAGUCUUGCUGGACUGGUGAUAUGGGGUAAAAAUUGCGGCCGACCCGGAGUAUACGGAGUAUACGUUAACACUGUCUAUUAUGCAGACUGGAUUACCAACAAUACGAAAACAUAAAAAUAGUUAGAGUACCACAAAAGUAUUAAAAAAACUGAGUAUUUAUUCUUUCAGUGAUAAUAUGUACCUAUUGUAUUUGUGCUAUAAUUAAUAAAUCAAUAAACAAACCUAGAUACUGUAACGAAA